AUGGCGGACCCCGUUUCCACGGCCGAAAAGGUCGGUGCCGAGCACCAUGAUGUCGUCGACAAUGACCUCGCCCACCUGGCCAACCAGCAGGAGCAUGAGAUGGGCAAGCUCGAGUCCAUCAAGAAGUACCCCCUCGCCUGCGUGUGGUGUCUCUUCGCCGUGUGGUGCAUGCUCCUCGUCUCCUUUGAGAACCAGGCCGCCGGCAACAUCAUCAGUAUCCCCAAGUUCCGCGAGGACUUUGGCGAGAAGGUCGACGGCACCUAUGUGCUCUUUGCCAAAUGGCAGAGCGCUUUCCAGGGUGCGCCCGUUGCUUCUGGUGUUGUUGGUGCUCUCGGAUGCGGUACCAUUGCGGAUUGGCUAGGUCGCCGCGCCGUCAUCAUCAUCUGCCUCGUUAUUGCCUACGCCGCCAUCACCAUGGAGUUUGUUGCUACUACUAACGAGCUCUUCUUCGGCGGCAAGUUCCUCAAUGGAUUCUCCGUCGGCGCUCUGGCCUCCGUCACCGUGUCCUACAUUGGAGAGGUUGCUCCCAUGUCCCUUCGUGGUCUCCUCACCUGCCUGUCUGCUCUUGCAUACACCCUUGGACCCCUGAUCGUCGCUCUUGUUGUCAACGAGACCGGAACCUUUGAGACCCGCUGGGCCUACCGCGCCAUCUUCUGCGCUCAGUAUGGCUUCGCCGCCGUUGCCACCAUUGCCGUCCCUUUCAUGCCUGAGUCCCCGUGGUGGUUGGCGUCUCAGGGCAAGCAAGAAAAGGCCCUCGCCGCUCUGGCUCGCCUUGGUAGCAAGGGCGAAGAAGGUGCCAAGCGCCUCGCUGCUAUCAACCAGACCCUCGAGGAGGUCAAGAAGGAGACCGAGGGUGCUACAUACUUUGAGUGUUUCCGCAAGUCCAAUCUCCGCCGAACCAUCAUCUCCAUCGCACCCCUCUGUAUCCAGUCCCUCAGCGGCAUCACCUUCAUCGCCUCCUACGGAACCUAUUACAUGCAGCUUGCUGGCUACUCUACUUCCGAGAGCUUCAGGCUUCAGAUUGUCCAGCAGGUCAUUUCCCUCGUCGGAAAUGUCAUGUCCUGGUAUCUUGUUGAUCGCGUUGGACGCCGCGACCUUACUUUCUACGGUCUGAUGAUCCUUACUCUUAUUCUGUUCAUCACCGGUGGUCUGGCUGCUGCUGCCACCGACGGUACCAUCAAGGGCAGUGUCGCCAUGAUUCUGGUCUACUGCUGGUGGUAUAACGUCACCAUUGGCGCUACUGCUUACACCAUUCUCUGCGAGGUUUCGACUUCUCGCCUGCGUGUCAAGACCAUUGCCAUUGGUCUGGCCGCCCAGAACCUUCUCAACAUGAUGUGGAGUUUCGUCCUCCCCUACCUCUUCAACCCUAACAAGGCAAACCUUGGCGCCAAGCUGUCCUUCAUCUUCGGCGCCCUGGCCAUCAUUAGUCUUGUGUACUUGUGGUUCUGCCUCCCCGAGACGGCUGACCGAACAUUCGAGGAGCUUGACGAGAUGUUUAUGAAGGGCGUCCCCGCCAGGAAGUUCAAGGCUUACAAGACUGAGGCCCAGGCCAACGGCGAGGCUGUUAGUACUGUGUAUGCCGCGGAGGCAAAGGAAAUGAACUAA